AACAUGGCGUCGGCACGGACGAGGUUGUCUGUUUCGUUUAGUUGAUUAACCCAAAGAUUUCCAAUUUGUAGCAGAUAGCGCACUGUUCAGUUUUUUUGGCUAUUUUGGAAGAGUUGUAUUUUUCCCCUCAGACUAAGGUGGUGGUUGGAAUUUUCGCUGCUGGGCAGGCUGCUGUCUAAAUUGUUGGCCAAAGGAGCAAUUCAACGUAACCAGUAUCUCGUGACUGACCAACAUGUCGAACUUCACACCAUUCUUCCCUCUUAAUGUUUCCAGUCACAGCCACCAUUUUCGACACUGUCUCUAUAACAACGUGCACGAGAGGAAGAUGAAAAAGAUUAUUGCUAUUAUUUACAUUUUGACAUCAGUGCUAAGUAUUCUUGGAGCUGGAUCUGUGAUAAUUUAUUCUGUUGUCAAAAGGAUUGUUCGACGACCAGAGGUUCACCCUUUGUUCCAUUUAGCCUUAGCAGACUUGCUUUUGGCUUCCUUGUGGUUCUCUGGUGCCUGUCUUUGGUUUCAUAAACAGGAAGGGAAUUGUUUUUAUUUGGACGUUUUUGCAGAGAUGGCACAUCUUGCAACAUUCUUUUUGACGGUCAACUAUGGUUUAAAUGCUUUCCUCAGACUGCAAGAGAAGGUUCAAAACUUGCAAUUCUCCUCAGCUUCUCCAAGUAAACUUUAUGUUCACCUUUCCAGGAUGUUUUAUGGAAUGUGUUGGAUCUUCCCUGUGGCAGUUAUGGUCCCUUUACUCUUUCACUAUGAUGAAGUCCAUAGCCCUGGUGACUGCACUCGCUGCCUCUUACUUUUUGACCGACCCAAGGUUAAGAGUUCCCUAUCAAAGUCGCACUCGAUGUGGCAGUCUUAUGGUUCUGUAGCACUGGUCACAACCUUGACCUUUUCCAUUGUUGCACUCACGCUGAUAUAUUUUCUGAUGCUCCGAACUCACAGAAAGGCUGUUAUUUAUUCAGGAGUAUUAACAGACCGUCAGCGUGCCAGUAUAGAUGCCAUCCGUAAUAAAGUCUUCCUUUACGUGUUGGUGUUUCUGAUCUGCUGGAGCCCAGCCCUGGUGGUAGCAGUAUGCGACAUAGAUCCAAGAGUAACCCUCUCUAACAUGCACCAUUGGCCCGUGCUGUUUGUGAUGCUGGGUCUGACAGCACCCAUGCAAGGCUUUUUCAACUGUAUCGUGUACGGCUGGUCAAGGAAAAGUUUCCGUGACGCCUCAGGACAGCGGAGAAGUUUGUUGCUGGAUUCCGACGAACAUGGCUCUCUUCAUAAUCGACGGGAGUCUCAAGGAUCCAUGCGCUCGUUGUGACAGUAAAGCCCUAUAAAUAUUGAAAGGGAAUGUUUAUUUUAUGCGUGCUUUGUUCAGCAUUUUGACGCUCAUCAACUGCGCGACUAUUCAGAAGGCGUUUCAUGAAGUUAAGAGUUUUUAGUAUCGAUUUCAUUACGUGUUUUAACAACCAUGUAAACGAAUCAGUGGAUCCUCGCUUCGUUUUUACGUAAUCAAGGAGGAUCCAUAAAAAUGACGUGCACAAGACGAUAAAGUACAAAGUAAUUUAUUAUAUCUCUCAGUUACUACGCGCGCUGUGAUUGGUCGAUUUAGCGGGCCGUAUAUAUACUCUACUGUACGGUCCGCUAAAAUUUAAAGCUGUUUUUGCUAAAAUGUUUCGUGGUUUAUCACCAAGUGUUCUUUACUUUUAUAGCAAGUAAAAGUUCAAAACUUUCUUUGACCUAAAAUUGUGUAUGAGUCAAAACUUGCUAACGACUUUACAACGAUUUCAAAUUGACUUGUUUUGCUUUCGACGUACUUCAGAAAUUUGAAGCCGUCCCGCGUGAAUAGAAAUCGUUCCCGAACCCGUCAGACCCUCAGUAGAGAUAUGAUAAAUAUCGUACCAACCUCGUUUUCUCGGUCUGUACUGUAAGUUACGGAUCCUCGUUUUUUUCCCCAUCGUUUUACGGCCCGCGCGCCUCGCACUCGAGCCAUAAAUCGAAGGGGAAAAAAACUCGGUCCGUAACUCACAGUACAGACCUCGAACUCAGUUAAUAAGAGGUAUAUAUUUUAAAGCUAUUUAGGUUCAUUCGUAGCUGGAAAUAUGUAGCGAAUCUGCCCAAAUCUAUUUAAAAUGUAACAUAAGUAUUUACAGUCAAAGCUGCUUUGGGACCGCGUCUUAGCGUUUAUGGGCGAGAUUAUCUUACCAAAGGAACAGAAACUCGUAACGAGGUUUCUGACCAUUCAAAAUGGGGCGGUAAAGUGUGACUUGAACUAAACCUGUGAGCAGACUGACAGAAACUUCUUAAACAGUGAUUAAGAAAGAAGACAAAGUAAGAAGUGAAAGUGUUGUUCAGAGGUACAGCCUGCUGGGUUUCUCGCCUGUUAUUUCAGUGUCGAAAAAUAGAUACGGCGGCAUAAGUUUCCUCGAGUUAUUGGUCCCUCGAUUUUCGGAUUCUGUUUUUAGAAUUAUGAAACAACUGGACUUCUUCCAAGUCCUGUGAUCAUGAAGUAACCUGUACAUGCCUUACGUUAACUAUGUCGACUAAUAUUUACUUUGCAGGAACCUAAUAACGUGUCUAAAACCAAAAUGUAAAAAAAAAUGUUUAUUUCCAAAAAUGCUCAAUAAUUAAGAUCAAAGUGCCAACAAAAAUUCAAAAGUUAUCUGUUAUAAAACAGACUUUUCUCUAUAUAGGCUGGAUCCCUCCCGUAUAGACGGUCGUUAAAUGAAAUUUUCUUAUUUAUUGAUAUUUUUUAACGCUGAUAUUUUUAUGUUGUUUAUCUAAAUGUCUCAUUGCAUGCGCUAAGAGUACGUUGCUAUGUAUAUAAGAGUAUUUAAAAUAAAAUCACUCCGUGUGCUUAAUGGUU